CUACGACUACGUCGGUGAACUUACCGUUGAUUACUUUCGGUCUACGACACAACAGUUGAAGAUUUUAUUUUGAAAGCAGACCACGCUAACUUCCGGUGUGUUGCCUUCAGGCUACAGUUCAGCCUCACGGCGGCGCGCGCGCGUCCUGACGGAGCUGGCAGACGGGCAGCUGGAGCAACGGAGCGGUAACCGAGGGGCGCUCUGACAGGAGCAGCUGGAGGAGAAAAACCUGCUCACCUUCUUCCCACCAGCCUCACCCACAUGUCGAGGACAUCACUGGAUAGCGAAGCCACUCGCACGUCUUUUUGAACAUUUAAGUUUGUGUUAUUCGGAGCGAACCUGGAGGAGGACGGUGGCGGGGGGGGGGAAAGAGUUCAUCACUGGCCACAGCACCGCUGUCUUAAGUGGGAAGUUUUGCUCCGGAGAUGUCUGGCUCGUUCUGCAAAACUUUGUACCCGUUCAGCGGGGAGCAGCACCAGCAGGGACUGAGUUUCGAGGCCGGGGAGAUUAUUAAGGUGACCCAGGCUCUGCCCGGAGGAUGGUGGGAAGGGGAGAAGGAUGGAGCCAGGGGAUGGUUCCCCUCUAGUUAUGUGCAGGUUCUGGAGAGGACAGCGUCUCUGAGUCAGCUGCCUGUCGAGGACAUCAGAGAGCCUCUGCCUCCUCACUGGAAAUGCUACAUGUCUCCGCAAGGGAAACAGUACUAUGUCAACACCGCAAACAAUGAGACCACAUGGGAGAAGCCGUCCAGCGUCCCCGGGACUCCCAAGAGCUCCAUCCGACACAAGAACUCUCUGCCAGCAGUGAAUGGAUUCCACUCAGGCGGUAGCCCCAUGCAUCACGGUGACCAUUCACACAACAGCCUGGUUAAGAAGAGCAGCACAGAGCCCCAGAGCCCGGGAUCAACAUCACCGACCAGGAAACAGAACAAAGAGACAACGGUUACGAUCAACUGUGUGACGUUUCCGUCUCCGAUCUUUAUGGCCGAACAGCAGCUGCUGAAACCCGACGAGUGGAGCUACUGUGACUACUUCUGGGCUGACAGGAAGGAUCCCCAGGGCAACGGUUGCAUCACUGGAUUCGAGGUUCUGUUGCAGAAACAGCUCAAGGGUAAACAGAUGCAGAAAGAGAUGGCCGAGUUCAUACGAGAAAGGAUAAAGAUAGAAGAAGAGUACGCCAAGAAUCUCUCGAAGCUCUCGCAGAUCCCUCUAGCAAGCCAGGAAGAAGGGACUCUGGGAGAGGCAUGGGCCCAGCUGAAGAAGAGCCUGGCAGAUGAAGCCGAGGUUCAUCUGAAGUUCUCUUCAAAGCUCCAGAGCGAAGUGGAGAAACCUUUCCUGACGUUCAGAGAGAACUUCAAGAAGGACAUGAAGAGGUUCGACCACCACAUCGCCGACCUGCGGAAGCAGCUCGUCGGCCGUUACGCAGCCGUGGAGAAGGCUCGGAAAGCUCUGUCCGACAGACAGAAGGAGCUGGAGUUAAAGACCCAGCAGCUGGAGAGCAAGCUCACCAGCAAGACCGAGGAGGAGAUCAAGAAGGCUCGCAGGAAAUCCACACAAGCAGGGGAUGAUCUGAUGCGCUGCGUCGACCUGUAUAACCAGUCUCAGUCCAAGUGGUUUGAGGAGAUGGUCACCACCAGCCUGGAGCUGGAGAGACUGGAGGUGGAGCGGGUGGAGAUGAUCAGGCAGCACCUCUGUCAGUACACAACUCUACGCCACGAGACGGACAUGUUCAACCAAAGCACUAUGGAGCCGGUGGACAAGCUCCUGCAGUGUGUGGACCCCAUCAAGGACAGAGAGGUGUGGGUGCGGGAGAAUAAGACGGGGGAAAUCAGGCCUGUCGAUGUAGAGAUCUGAACUCCAGGGUUAGUGAGGACAGCUCUCUGCCUGAGGAUGUGACUGGGAGCUCUGAGACGGGAUCUGUACCUCUUUUUUUCUCACUAAUUCACGCGUCGCAGAAAGCAGACCGAGGACGAGCUCGCCGGACCUUCACCGGUCAGCCGAUCCUCCCCCAGGCCCCGACGAAGACGACGUCCAUAUUCGAGCGAAAAGUUUCGAACAACGCCGAGGCGUUUAAGAUGCGGCGGCAGAGUUUUGUUUUGAGUUACACUGAUUCUUUGAACGGGAAAAUAGCAACUGUGAGUGGGAAUUGUUUCCUAAAGGAUACUCAGGUGAGGUGAAUGAUGAAGUAGCACCGACUUGUACAUUUUGUAAAUGUUGAGACGCACUCACGUCGUGCAACAGUGUAAUGCUAAUUCAUGACAACUGCCGUGAUUUAACAGAUGCUGCUAAAACUAAAUGCAGUUAAGGCUAAGAGUGUUGCUAUGAUACUCCGAAGCCCAAUAAGGUUAUAAUUCAGUAAUGGUAACAUCUUUGUGACUUAGUGGAGCCGUGAUUUUUACUGUUGCUAUAAUGUUCUGUUGAAGCUCAUGGGCUGUUAAAUUUCAACAAAUGAUAUAUUUACCGUCUUAAAAUGGCUGAACCACCUGAUAAAGACGGUGAUUAUCUGGUGAUUAUUUUGCAAAGGAUUCUUCAGAAAAUCAAGAAAAUUAGCAUCCUCUUCAUGAGACUGUUUUACUACUACAAGAGAGAGUCUUCAGUCAGAGGCUUCUGCAGAACAGCUGUAAUACAGACUGCUACAGGAGAUCUUUCUUGCCCACAGCCAUCAGGAUCUACGAUCUCUUUGAAGAACCUUGGAUAAUAUGAGUUACAACAAGAUUUGAUUUCCCUCUGGAAUUAUUAAUGUAUGAUUGUAAAUGAAUUGACCUCUAAAAUAAGAAAACAAAAAUUAAACAUGCCUCUUUUACUGAAAAUUAAUCACAAACGGGCUGGUAAAUAUAUUUCUGAGAGAAAAACUGUUGUAAUCCAUUAAAAAAGCAGACCUAGCUAACGUGAGCUAAUGUUAAAGCUUGGAUUAGCCAACUUUGUGUUUGCAGUUUGUUUAUAUGAAAAUGUGGUAAUAAAACUAAUAAAUUUAACUAAAGAAGACUA